CUCGGCCCUAAUUUCGGCCAGCGCCCGGGUCCAUUCAAAUCUAUGCUACAUGGCUGCGUUCGAUCUCACACGGAUAGUCGAGUCGCUCCAGUCGGCGAAGUUGAAAAGCCGUAAUGACGCGCUUGCGCUUCUCGAUGGCUUUUCCGUAGAAAAGCUCCGGCUUACGCCGCUGCAGUUGGCCUCACUUGUGGCGGCCUUGCUCAAAGCGAUUGAGGCCGAGCGAGAUGCAUAUGCUAGAAGUAACGCCAAUCUGGCAGUGGCCCGGGCGAUAAGCGCAUCUGGAUUUUUGAGGGAUCUCGUUCAGGCAUCGCUCGGUGAUAGCCUCGCGCUGCGGCCCCGCCAAAAGACAUGUUCGUUCUUGAUCAGUAGCCUCUCGUCGCUCUACUUUGAGCCCUCGACAAUGGCGCCGUUUUCGCCGUGCUCCAGUAACUUCGCACAGACAUUGUGCUCCUUGCUUGAGGCCCCGGCCGUGUUUACACGCCUCACCGUAGACACGUGGCUGGCGGCGUACCAUUUUCUACUAAAGGCGAUUGCGUACGAGUUGGAGUUCAUCGGCGCACACGGAAUCAACGAGAAUCUCGUCAGCAGUCUCUACGCGGGCUUGCUUGCACUCAUAGGAGGGCCGCUGACUUUGGGCGUGGCGCCUCUUCUUCGUGACGGAGCUUACUUUCCACUUUUACAUCUUCUCACGAAAACACUUGCACACUUCAACAGAAGAGAAUCGGCUGUCUUGGUCACUGCUUUCAAAAUCAUCAACGCCUUGCUCGCUUCGCUAUGCACGGAAGAUGCUGCGUUUUUGCACCAGAUCAUCCGCGUAGGAACCGGCUCUGCGCUCCAAUUCUCGUCCACUUCCGUUGCCAAUUUGCUGGAGCAGCUAUUCUUGUUCUUGAAUCAGGAUUCCUUUCACAUGUAUUUGUCGCUCGAGAAGCUACCGAAACUCGUGUCCACAAAACCAGAAGUGGCGUCUGGAGAUGCGAUGUUGGAAGAGGAUGUGUCUUUCACCGCGUACAAUUUGGAGAUGCUCAUUUACGCCCUCAUUAAUAGACUCGUCUCUCUGGCUCUGAGCUUGACACCAGAGAACGUGGGGCUACAUGAGUCUUCUCACAGCCUGAGCUUGUUCAGCUUAUCGAAAAUGUACUUGCGUUCGGAGAACUCGAUGUCGUGGCUCCUCGCAUCAGCAAUAUCUAGACUUGUUGCGUCAUAUUACCGGAUCCGCGAUAUGCUGUCAUCAUCAGAUCAGAGACAAAACGAGAGCGAUGAGUCUUAUUCCACUAAAUCCUUUUCUGUGAAUUCUUUCAAGCGGCACAAGCUCCACGAUAGACAGAUGGGUCUACAAAACGCAACUUCUUGCAUUCAGUUCUACAACUCAUUGGUGAAUGGAGAAGAUCCAAAGCUCCAAAAAUGUGGACUACAACUUCUUGCAUUUCAUUUACAGCUUGAUGAAUGCUGCUUCUCCACAAGAGAUAGCAGGGCUGAGCCAAACCAGUCAUCCGCAUUAUUCGACCCAACUGAUUCCACAGUUGCGGAUAAUAACUUGUACACCGAUACUACUAUCCCGGAGGAUUGGCUCUCGAUGAUUUCAGGCACUGUCAAAUUGAUGGCCGACAGAAAUCACUCGUUUUGGGCCCUCUUGGUCUGCCAUUCGUUAUUAAAUUCUUCUGACUAUGGACUAUGUUCUGAAAGACCUGCUUUGAGCAGAAAACUGUACCAAGUACUCAAAUUGCUGCUUGAGCUAAUUAAAGAUAAUAAUGUGGGUCAGAUAGCUUGUUCUGUAUUCAGCUGUAUUAUCAGCUCACAAUCCUCACACAACUUGAAGUGUCUCAUCGACCACACCAUUUUUAACCAGUUGGACAAUGUAGCCGAGCUUCCCGAUAUAUUAGGGCCGGCUCUUGCUGACAGUAGCGCAGUGUCAUUUUGGCAGGCUUUAGCGCAUGUUUAUGUGGUCUUGGGGCAUGAAAAACGUAAUUUGCCAAACAACAUUUCAAAGUGGCUUGCUGAAAAAUGGAGAAUUCUUUCAGGAAAGGGUACGAUAGGACAGUUGAUGGCAAUUGCAGAAACUGCUCUGCAAAUCAUCAUAUGGCUAGGUAGAAGAGACCAUAAUCAAAGAAUCGUCCACUCGACUAGUAUUGAGCGUGAUUUCAUACUGGAAGCGAUGAAAGACUGUGAGGAGCUCAAAAGGUUUAUUACUUUACAGUCAUACUCGGAGAAGCCUAGACCGCCUCAUAGAGUGGUUUCACCGAAAUUGGGGAAUGCAAUCGAUUCAAUAAAUUUGAUUAUCAGGUGUUUUGAUGUGAACUCACAACUGUGCUUUUCAGAUGAGAAUUUCGAAUAUACUGUAUCAUUGUCUAUGAUGCACGUGAGAUUCGCCGAAAAUUUGAGACUUGAAUUUCCAGAAUACUCCUCUACAUUUGAAGAUAAUGCUCGAAAUAUCCUACUGUCGCUUACUCCAAAUAUACGCACGAAAGAACAGGCAUUGUUGGUGUUGUCUGUCUUGUUUCAAUGUGAUCCCGCUGGAAAUAUAUUACAUGAUGUGGCUUUCCCGUUUGAAAUCAUAGAUUAUCAUUUUCGUUUUUUACUGGACCGAUCAAAUCGCCGGAAAGACGUAGGCAACGACCUAGAAGCGGAGUUUGCCAACGAUGUCAAAAUCAGAGAUAAUCUGCCCACUGCUAAAUCUCCAAAGAAUGUGAUACGGGAUAGAUAUGAUUAUUUCAAAUUUCUCGCAAAGUAUGCUGACUCGAAACCGGAAACUUGCAUCGAGUACAUGAGUGAACUACCUUCUUCAGAAAUACUUGAGUGUUUAUCUUUCUAUGUGACUUCGGGGCUACUUGAAAAACACAAACAAAAUUCAUCUGCCAUGGUUGGAAUUGUUCGUUUAAUAGGUGAAAAAUUACUAGCCACCCAGGAUCUUGAUAGAUCAAACUUCACGAUAUUUAUAUCUUGUCACCUUCUUGGUGUUCUUUUACCCCUCAUGAACGUGACUUUGGGGGACGAGCUUAAGAAGGAUAUCCUUGAUCUAAUAGGUUAUUUUUUCCAAUGCGCAGAAAGAGAUCUUCUUCUCAGCGUCCUGGCAAGAACUUACAUUUGGAAUUUGUUGUUGGAUUCUACAAAGCUUGACUGCAAUACACCGAUUGCCACCACUAAGAUUUUGAGCGUAUUUUUGAAGCAAUUAACGACUUUCUCAAAUGGCAUGAAAAUUGCGGUUUCUAAAAGUAUUCACGGUUGUAUCUCUGAAUGGGACUCGCCAAAACAACAAAUAUUUCUAGAGAAACUAAAUGAAAUUUUCGAAUCUCCACAGAGAUCUAUUGAAAGUUAUGCCACUUUUUGUUUAUUUCUUGCAAAGGUUUCAUCCGCUAGUAUCUGGGAUGCGUUCACGAUAAGCUGCAUAAUGAAGUAUUGCCGCUUCACAUUUGCUGUGCCUUUCUCAAAGAAAGCAGUGAGUGAUAUGGCUAAAAAUCAUGGGUUUAGUGAUUCAAAGACCUACUUCAAAACUUUGAGACUUGACAUUCUUAAAUCUUGGUGGCUGAUUGGACACCCAUUUUCUGAUUUCCCUCAUGAGAUAUUUGGGUACCCUAGUAAGAGUGAGUUAAUGUCUGAUAAUGCUAAGCAUAUGAUGGCUGUCCUCUUUGCGACACGUUGCAGGGUGGGCUCCUCAUCCACCAGACAGUCGAACAUAGAUAGCGUUGCACAAGCAUAUUCUACGAAUGAAGCUGAGUUAAUUUACGAUAGUUUACCUCUAACUAUCGGAUUGUCAUACACUCCAGGUGGUGUUCGAAGCGAAAUAUUUGGCUUGUUAAAGAGUCUGCUCCAAAGUCACUACAAGGAGUACAUACAAGAAAUGCUUCCUUUGAUUGUGUUAGAGGUGAUCAAAAUGACGGACUUAACGAAUGAAGUUUCAAUCAAGAAAAUUUUCAAAGAAAUUGACGCAAUUAAAAACUUUGUUUUGAAAGCACCGGAAAAUUAUGAGGGCCACACUUAUGAAAUUAUUGAUCCAGUAUCGAGCAUCGAGCUUAUUUCGGCUCUUAUCAAAAGUUUUUGGCCGCACGAGCCCAAAAGAUUCUGGUCUUUGCAGACUGUAUAUUUUUUCGCCAGGCAAAUUGGUCAUGAAGGAUUUUCGAUGGCCGUUCAUAUGCGAGCUAGGGUCUUGAACAAGUUACGGUUUUUGCUACUUUUGAGCAAUACUCGGCUUCUGAACUUCCACUUAAUCAAAUUAGUCGUGAAGAUCUGCAUUCCUAUCAUAAAAGAUGGUUUUCUUUUCGAAGCGCAAGCGUUUUUGUCUCAAAUUGAUUUUGAUCAAUUUCAGUUAGUUUCCCAUGAUCAAUCUUUGCCGAUGAUUUUCAACAUUUUAGCGACGAUGCUUUCGGUCGAUGAGAAUGAGCGCUAUCACUUCGAGACCGUAUGUCAACAUCUUGAGAAUUUCAUCUCCACGAACAACAACUGUUUUGGAAGCGCUCAGAAGAUAGUCAAAUGCGCACUUAAUUCUGCAAGAAAUCAAGCAUUCGAGAUUACCUUGAAUGAUGUGGAAAACUUGUUGGGUGACAAAAGAAAUCUCAGUGUUGUUGCCCAAUCAACUGAGGAUAUCCUCGUAGUAUUUUCGAAAUUGUUGAGCGGACUGGAUUGCCACCCGACAAAAACAGCAACGCAUAGGCUAGCCUCGAUGUAUCUCAGGAAUCCACCUCAAAUACAGUCAGAUGAGAAAUUUACACUCUGGGUUGCCGAGUACUUAGCGAACUUCUAUUUAUGUGGACUGGCGCACACUAAUUUGGAAGACUUUUUUCUGCACAAAGAAUAUUCUGAGUUAAGCAGAAUGGAAUUUGCAAGUGCUUGCAAAACAUUGAACCCAUUUUUACACCACUUGACUCAAGCUCUUGACAAAGGCAUUUACCGGGAAGAAACAUUUGUUGAAAGUGUCAUUGGUAAUUUGUUGCAAAAAUUUGAGAUUAAAAAGCGAGAUAUUACGAGAUACAUCGAUUUCGAUGCUUGUUUUGAGCAUUUCAGCUCUCACAUAUUGCCCAUCAGCGUUCGUUCUUCCGCGUUAUUAAACUUGGAGAUCCCUCAUGAAACCGUUACUGGUACGUCUGUUGAGCUGUUUGUGAAUGAUUUCGAAAGCAUUGUUGUCAUACUUCCCUUCAAAACCUGGACUUGCCAAUUUCUCCUAUGUUUGUUGCAAGAAAUGUGUCGAAACUUGAGUAUUGCACCCAUACUUGAAAGAUGCAUUUUGAAAUUGCCAAAUAUAGCCAAAAAUGUUUUACCCAGCUUCAUCUGUUAUUAUGUCUUCAAUUCAGGCGGAAAAGCUAUAGAGACCAUCAUUAAAUUUUUCAGGGCAUAUUGGAGCACCUUUCAUAAACCGUUCUGUCAGCAAAGUAUCGAGUUGGUAAAAACCAUUGCCAUCACUUUACGUAUGGGCGCCAUGCAAGACAUUGAGAAUUUCAAAACCCUAUACGGGGCACUAAACCACAUAGCCUUAUUUCAAAUAGUCCGGGAAUCAUAUCUGCCCAAAUCAGCACUAAUGUUUUUCGAAGACUCAUUAACAAAACCUAUGGAUUUUUUGGAUUGGACCGACAAGAGAGAGCCUUUGGCUAUGCUAUACAGCUCUCUCAAUGAUGAGGAUUCUCUUUCGGGAAUACCUGGGGACAGCACACUUGAGGGGUACCUAAAAUUGAGACAAGAGUUUCUCCCUCCCUCGGAGAAAUUAGGAUUCAGUAGUGGCUUACUUGAUGCAUCUUUCAUAUUGAAAGAGUCCCCUCAGACAGGAAACAUAAUCGAAUCUCUUUUGAAUGAGGGUUAUCUUGGUGUUUCAAAGUUGCUCUGUCAAAAAUCUGAAGAUAACUCUCAAGCAGAAUGGUCAUGGAAGUUGAACCAGUGGGAAAUGCCAAUAAACGAAAAAUCCAGCAAUGAACACGAUGUGACAUAUGCAUACUUCAAGCAAAUUCGUGAAAACUCUUACACCAUACAUGAGACAUACCGCUCCUCAAUGAAAAAACUCAUUGAGGGAAUACCGAUAGAAUCAGGGUCCAAUAAAUACUCUCGACAGAAACUUUUGGCUAGAGAGAAGUGGCUUGAGAGCAUUGCAUUGAUCAAAAGUGCCAACUCUAUCAUGAGCUCUACACCUACAGAUUUUUCUUCAGAGAUACGAUCUUUCGAGGCUCAAACAAAGUGGUUUAAUUUUGCUGAAAUUCAGAGUUUUGAAGAUAUUCUCUUGGCCAGAAGGCUCGCUUUUUCUUUACACGACUGUAGUUUUUUGAAGUCCCAAAAGCAAUCCUCACUCUUGGAAUUGAAUUUGGAAUUCGCAAGCUUUUGUCGACAAGGCGAAGUGAACGAAAUUGUGAGAUACAAUAGUAUUGUUCGUCAGAGAGCUAUGCCACAGAAAGCAAUCAAUUCUUGCCUUCUUCUCGAGAAGGUGGUGAAAUCCAUGAAUGCGAGCGAUUUACGAAACUACGAGGAAUACCGACGACUCUCAUCCUUUCAAAUUGCACAAACUUUAUGGUCAGAAGGUAAAAUGGAUGGAUCAGUGGCUCUACUCCAAAACUUGGCUAGUCAGGGCGACAUAUUAUUUCCGCUUUCUGUGCUUAAUGUCAGCAAGAUGUCCAUCAAAGCUCAAUUGGCCGUCUGGCUAGCAGAGUCUCGACUGGAACUAGGAUCAAACAUCUUAGACAGAAUCGUUGAGCCGAUGAAAGCAGAAAUUGACCAAGUGUGCGACAUGGACCAGCGCUAUCAAAUUUAUCAUCUUCUAGCUCAUUUUUGUGAGCUGCAAUUUAGAUCUCUGAUUCUCAAAGAGCAACUCAUGCAGCUCGAGAUAAGGACAAAUUCCAGAAAAGAGGAACUUCAGGAGCUUAAAACUCACUACAGCACCGGUGAAGCUCUGUCUUCUGAGCGGAGUAUUGCUCGAGCAUAUUACGAAAAUCUUAAAAGCCUGUACAAAUCUGAAAGUAAGGAGCUACUCACCAUGCUAGAAUUGAGGACAAGCUAUGCUCACAAUGCUGUGAAGUUCUACUUGAAGGCUCUCACUACUGCAAAAGCCAGUGACGAAGAUUUUGAAAAGUUUUUCUCUCUUUUUUUAGAACUUUCAGGCGACGAAGUCCUUCAGGCUUCGAUACAAGAGGAACUUUUUUACCUCCCAUCACACCAACCACUUGCAUGGUGCUCUCAGAUUCUCUCCAGAGUAUCAAAGGAAGCAACACAUUUUCAGCAUUCGAUUCAAAAUUUGAUAUUUAAAAUUUGCUGCGACCACCCCUUCCAUUCCCUAUACUAUCUCACGUCGCUACUUUUUCAUGAAAGAUUGGCAAAAGAUACAUCCAGUGCAUCCAUGAUAUCAAGAAUUGUUGCUGCAACUAAGAUAAAAAAUAAGUUACAUCUUUCGAGUCCACAAUACGCUUCGAAGUACCUAUUGCCUGUCGAGAGGUUCAGCACGGAAAGCGUUUUGCUUGCAGAAAUGAGAAGCUCCAGAGGAAGAACUUUGCAAUUGGAUAAAUUAAAAAUAGGUAGUUACUGGAUGAAUGAGCUUCCGUCAAUUCCUCCACCGACUCUUGAGAUUCCUGUGGAUAUCACGGGAUAUGCGAAUGUGCCCAGGAUGACCAAAUUGGACCCCAAGAUCCAAAUUGCUUCAUCUGGCAUUAGCUUGCCCAAAGUUGCUACAUUCACACUUUCGGAUGGUACCAGACAUAAGAUGCUCCUAAAGCACGGGACCGACGACCUUAGACAGGACGCAAUUAUGGAACAGGUUUUCGGGAAGGUCAACAAGAUAUUCCGGAAAGAUAAAGAAACGCGGAAGAGAAAAUUGCGAGUGAGAACAUACAGAGCUGUGCCGUUGGGACCUAAAGCAGGCGUCAUUGAAUUUGUUCCUGACUCCAAGGCUCUCUUUGAGGUGAUAUUACCGUAUCACCAGGCCAAGGACUCGAUGAAACUAGACAAGGCCAGGGAAAUGAUGAAGAACAGCCAAGCGAAUAUUCUCAAGGAUCGACUCAAGGUUUAUCAGAAUAUUGAGGAGAAAAUACGGCCUGUUUUACGGUAUUUCUUUUUAACCAAUUUCGUCACGCCUGACUCCUGGUUCGCAAGCAGACAGAUAUACAUUAGGGGCGUCGCCACUUCAUCGAUAGUUGGCCAUAUUCUUGGGCUUGGAGAUCGCCAUUGCAACAAUAUUUUGCUAGAUGAGUUUACGGGCGAGCCCAUUCACAUUGAUCUAGGCGUGGCUUUUGAUCAGGGAAAACGGCUAAAAGUGCCGGAGACUGUACCGUUCCGCUUGACGCGGGAUGUCGUGGAUGGGUUUGGGUAUAUGGGAUGUGCCGGUCCGUUCACAAAAGUCAGUGAGCAUACGUUCCGAGUGCUUCGUACCAGCAGGGACCAUAUAUUAGCUAUAUUGGACGUGUUGAGAUGGGAUCCUUUAUACUCGUGGUCGAUUUCACCCAUCCGACAGAGAAAGCUUCAAGACGAAAAUGCCGGGGUCAUCAAUCCCGAGGCCAAACAGGACGGGUCGGCGGCAACAAAGGCUAUUAUUGGGGUUUCUGAUAAGCUCAGUGCUGGAGGCCUCAACGUGGAGGCAGCUGUGCGCGAGCUUAUUAGAGAGGCCGUUAGCGAGCAGAACUUGGCGGCAAUAUACUGUGGCUGGUGCCCUUUCUAUUGAAG